UUAUUUUGUUCUCAACGCAAUGCACGGAAUAUUUUAUUUACUGAGAUCUAAAAUGUUAUUUUAGUUUUCCCUUUAUUUUUGAGGAGUGUAUUUUCCAUAAUGAAGGGUUGUUGAUUGUAGUAACUGUAGCUAGGGGGCAGUAUAGAGUGUUCAGACUGAUAUUACACCCAGAGAAGAGCAGCGCAGUCUACACAUGCUCCUGACUGUCUGAGGCUAAUCUGUUAGCUAGUUUAGCUAAUUCACCCUUUAGAGGACAGUUUGUUAAACGGGUAUGAUUUCUCUGCGUCCGGGUUAUGAGCGGUUGUGUUAAUGUAUCAGUUUAAAGGCGUUUAUUUAUCAGGAAACGGAUUUAUCUGAGGCUGAGCACAGAAAUGACUUUACUCCUUUAAAUCUCUUCUCCUCCUGACAGAGAUUAAUAUCGUGUUUUAGCGCUUUACGGGGUUGAAUAAAGCGGAGUAAUGCUACGGUGUGUGUUACUGAGGGCUGUGAGCUGUGCUCAUGGUGCUGUCAGGGUCUCAGCUCACUCAGUGUGUUCUCACAAGCCACCGGUUCAGAAUCAGGAACAGCAGCAGCAGCAGAGGAGCUGUUACUCCACAACAUUCACAAACCCCCAUCACAGCCCAAACCCAGGACAAUCCAAACAGCAGGACGAGGAAAAGCAGCAGUUUGGAGAUUAUUCCUCUGAUUUCUUCUCCAGAACCACUUUCAGAAAGUCCAGUCCAGAGCAGCAGGAGCUGAAGUAUCAGGAAGAUGGAUCUACAGGAGAGCAGAAGAUCAGAAAGUUCAGGUCUAAGACAGGCAGGAGGAACACACCCUACUGGUACUUUCUGCAGUGUAAGAAGCUCAUCAAGGAGGACAAGCUGGCUGAAGCGCUGGCGUUGUUUGAGGGUGAUAUGCUGAAAGGUGAACGCCUGACGCCUGAAGAGUUUAAUUACACUGUACUAAUUGGAGGAUGUGGAAGAGUUGGCUAUGUCAAAAAAGCCUUUCAACUUUACAACAAUAUGAAAAAGCGAGGCCUAGAUCCAUCUGACGCCACCUACACUGGCUUGUUCAACGCGUGUGCGCAGUCUCCUUGGAAGCAGUCUGGUCUGGAGCAGGCUCUGAAGCUGCGUCAGGAGCUGCGUCAGAAGAACAUUCCACUCAGUACAAUUACCCAUCAUGCCCUGCUCAAGACCAUGGCCCUCUGCGGAGACCUGAAGGCUUGCUUUCAAGUGCUGCGGGAUAUGCUUCAGAGCAGACAGGCCGUCACAUCGGAGACCUUUCAGUAUCUGCUGAUGAGCUGCGUGGAGGACAAACAGCAGGGUUUCAGAUUAGCACUACAGGUGUGGCACCAGAUGUUAAGAGCUGGCAUAAAUCCUGAUCAGCAGAAUUAUAACAUUCUCCUGCGGGCUGCAAGGGACUGUGGGAUAGGUGACCCUGCCUUGGCUUCUUCGUUGCUCCUGCAAGUGCCUGAGGAGGCCGAUCCUAAGGUCUCGACUCGGAGAAGAGGGAAAAGAUUUAGGUUCAGAGAGACGGAAUAUUCUCAGCCUUUAGACAUUGACGUCUUUGAGAAACACCUGUUGGCUGUGCCAGUCGAUUUGAACACACUGGAUAUGCACUCAGAUAUCCAGUCACAUUCCAAAGAUGGCACUUUUGCCCUCUCUGAGGCAGAGACUCUAAAUAGGGACGACAGUAAUUCUCUAGAGGACGGUCACUUAAAAACACAAAUCUCAAAUUCUACUCAGCUCAUGCCUCUGUCCUCCAGUUUUGAUCUUGUGUCUGAUCCACCAUCAACCUCCCAGAGUUCUUGCCUUCCAAACCUGCUGGACCCCAGCACCUGUCACUCAAAUGUAGUCACCUUGGGAACGGUCAGCACUGCAUCUGAUAGGCUGGCACUGAUGGGCAAUCAGGAGGGCUUUUUGAAACAAAUGGCAAAAGAUGGACUGAGCCCCAACAUAAAAACUAUCACUCUGCUGGCGGACAUUGUGGAGCUCAGCAGCCAGUCAGUUCAGAGCCUGAUCUCAGUGGCCGCUGAGAGCAGGAUAAAGCUGGACGUGGCUUUCUUUAAUACAUUAAUCAGGAACGCUGCUAAAUCAGGGGACCUGAAUGGAGCAAAGGCUGUAAAGGCCCUUAUGCUUAAUAGGAAGAUGCAUGCCAAUGCCCAGACGUUUUGUUGCAUUGCAUUGGCCUGCAACAAGCAGAAAGAUGGACUACAGCUUCUCUCAGACAUGCAGGCGAGUGGCAUUGAGCCCAAUGCUCACGUGUUUAGCGCUCUGAUAAGACAAGCAUCCAAACGUUUGGACUACGCCUACCUGCACGAACUGCUGCGGCAAAUGCACCAACUACAGGUUCCGCCCAAUGAGGUGAUCAUCCGGCAGCUCGAGUACGCUGCACAGUAUCCCCCAAGCUUUGAUAAGUUAAAGUCCAAGAACCCGUACCUGGAAAAGAUAGACGGUUUCCGAGGUUUCUACAAGGAGUGGCUAAAUUUCAUGCCAGGCCAGGAGACCCCUCACCCAUGGGACAAAUACCGCCUCCCCAAAUUUGAGGCUGAAGAACCUGGACUCACCUCAGAAAACGAGCCAUCUGAAACCAGUCAGAAUACUAGUCUGACCAGUCACUAAAUCUGUGAAUAAGAUCAUUAUAGACCUGAAAGAUUGCAUUGGGUUAGGGUUAGGACUGUUUUGCUGAAUGGCAAUGUGUAAAUGUUUCAAGUAAGACUGGCUUCUUUUUAAAUGUAUUAAAGAUUUGUGUUAAAUCUG